ACGUCUUUAUUGAACAUCAAUUAAUAUUUCUCAGAAUUGUGGAGUAAGACCAGAAGGCUCUAAUUGACAGAGCUGACCUCAUGACUGUCUUCGCAACCGGCGGUCACUGGUGUCUUUCAUGGCCGGUCGCGCGGCCAAAGAGGGGCAGUUUUCAGAAAGAAGGCGUCAAAUUGUUACCUAAUCGGAGAUUAAGGGCAAGAGCUGCUCUGGUUGAAAUAAAGCCAUCGAUUAGAGAUAGCUCUGCAGCCUCGCAAAUAGUUGACGGAGUGGAUCGAGCAAAUGAUCUACAAGCGGAAGCAAAGGCCAUGGCCCGCUCCUCCAAUGCCCCCGUUUACAUCCCGGACAUGCUUGCAGCUAAAUACAGCGUUCAACCUAUCACGGUAUUGAAGAGGAGUGUGGACAUUUUGGUAUCUCUUGGUUCCUUUGGCCUGAAGCUGUUACUGGACCAGAGAAAUGGAGUAUUAGAUCAAAAAAGGAGACUCCGUGCAGUUGAGCUAAGGCAGGAAUUCACUCGUUUGGGCCCUACUUUUGUGAAAUUAGGGCAGGCCUUGUCGACCAGACCUGACAUCUGCCCACCAGAAUAUCUAGAGGAGCUCUCUGAGCUGCAGGAUGCGCUGCCAACAUUCCCAGAUGCUGAGGCAUUUUCUUGCAUUGAGAGAGAGUUGGGACUGCCCCUUGACUCCAUAUAUUCCUCCAUAUCUCCUUCUCCAAUCGCUGCUGCUAGUUUGGGCCAAGUUUACAAAGCUCAGCUUAGGUACUCGAGGCAGGUUGUUGCUGUCAAGGUCCAGCGCCCUGGUAUUGAAGAAGCUAUUGGACUCGACUUUUAUCUCAUAAGAGGUCUUGGCUUCCUUAUCAAUAAUUAUGUUGACAUCAUCACCACUGAUGUUGUGGCCCUUCUUGAUGAGUUUGCACGAAGAGUUUAUCAAGAGCUCAACUAUGUCCAGGAGGGACAGAAUGCGAGGAGGUUUAAAAAGUUGUAUGCUGACAAGGAAGAUGUCUUUGUGCCAGAUAUCUUCUGGGAUUAUACCAGUGCCAAAGUGUUGACAAUGGAGUGGGUUGAUGGAUUAAAGUUAAACGAGCAAGAUGCCAUUGAGAGCCAAGGCUUGAAGGUCUUGGAUCUGGUGAACACAGGAAUACAAUGCAGCCUCAGGCAGCUGCUUGAGUACGGAUAUUUCCAUGCAGAUCCUCAUCCUGGUAACCUCUUAGCCACACCUGAGGGAAAGUUAGCUUUUCUUGAUUUUGGAAUGAUGAGUGAGACCCCAGAAGAAGCUAGAUUUGCUAUAAUUGGUCAUGUUGUUCAUAUGGUCAAUCGGGAUUAUGAGGCUAUGGCUCGUGAUUACUAUGCUCUAGAUUUCUUGUCACCUGAUGUAGAUGUUUCUCCAAUUGUACCAGCGCUGCGUAACUUCUUUGAUGAUGCGCUUAAUUCUACUGUGAGUGAACUUAACUUUAAAACAAUAGUGGAUGGGCUGGGUGCUGUUCUCUAUCGAUAUCCAUUUAAUGUUCCAGCUUAUUAUGCGUUGAUACUGAGAUCACUUACUGUACUAGAAGGUUUGGCCCUUUAUGCUGAUCCCAACUUCAAGGUCCUGGCUGCUUCAUAUCCUUAUUUUGCUAAAAGGCUUCUCACUGAUCCCAAUCCCUAUCUCAGAGAUGCUCUUGUUGAGUUGCUUUUCAAGGAUGGAAAAUUUAGGUGGAAUAGACUUGAAAACCUCCUUGUUCAGGGCAAAAAAGAUAGAGAUUUCUCUGCAAAUGACGCUCUACAGCCUGUUUUAAAGCUAUUAUUGGGUCCAGAUGGUGAAGAGCUUAGGACAUUGGUUAUUAAGGAGGCUAUCCGUGUCACAGAAGCUGUUGUCGUAACUACUGUUGUUGAUACAUACAAUUUCAUCCCCGAACUUAUGAGAACUCUAAUAUUUAGUGCCAAUGCAACUGGACCUCUUAUGAUGGGGGAUACUGAACUACAAAGCAUGAUAGAGCUUCGUGAACAAGUGUAUAGGAUCUGGGGGCUGUUGCAAUCUUCUGAAAAUUUUGACCCUUUGCUAUUGCAGCCGGUUUUACAGGUUCUUCAGCAACCCGAAGCACGCAGUUUAGGGGGACGUGUGAUUGGUGGAAUCACCCAACGGCUUGCUGCACGCUUGUUGCAACAAGUUCUUCGAACUCCUGCAACAGGUUCGACUGCCUCGUAGCAAGUGUUAGACCAUUUGGGUUUUAGCCAGAGAGGCUUCUAAGAUGGUUUCCUUACAGUUCAAAGUUGAGAAACCAAUCACAAGAGAGUGAGCUUGUCUCUUUGAAGAUAAUAGAUAAGCAAUAGCAACUUAUAAACUUGCUUGGCAUCUCCCGCAAGCAAGCGCCUGGAUGUGUUUGCUGUCUUCUCAACUCACACUUUAUUGCCUGAGAGAUUAGUUGAGGUACACUGGACUCAGCUUUGGUGACAAUUGUUCAUUCAUUCUUAGCAGAGCCAAAUUUGAUGCACAUUGUUGGAUAUACUUCCUCUUGUUAUUCAUCAAGACUGAUUUGAUCCGUGAAUUAAAUUAGCCUAUUUCUGUCGCAAAUUGAAGUUGGAAUCUCUAGGUGGAGGACUCCAGUUUCCAUGACAGCAACAAAUACAAUGCAAAGGUGUACAGUGUUUUCCCUAGCAUUUGUAAAGAAGUGUCAAGUUACCUUUUAGUGAUUAGCCAUUUAUAUCCUGAUUGUUACACUAGUAUAAUUUUUGAUGUGCAGACUUUUCUGUAUGAUAGCUUCCUUGCUCGGCUAUCAAUAUCAAAAGAGCGUUGUCUUCCUACAGCUACA